GGAGGGGAUAGACUUGAAUGUACACACUUCUGUCCUCCAAAGAGUGCCAGUUGUGUUGAGAAUUCUGAGUUGUUUUGUAGGUUUAUCCCGUUGCUGCUUGUGGUUGAGAGGAAGUUUAAGCUGAAUUAAAGUCAGCUUUGUCAUUGGGAUAUCAGAUCAGUAGUCACAGGAAAUGGACGACUUCAACUUGCACUACAGGUUCCUAAAUUGGAGGAGAAGAAUAAGGGAAAUAAGAGAAGUACGCGCAGUUCGCCAUCAAGAGAGAUACAAGCGCAUUCUUGUUGAUGGAGACAUAUUGAGCUACCAUGGAAACUCAGAUGAAGUUGGCUGUUAUGUGGCCCCACAUCCGUUGACAAGGGAGAGCAAUUAUUUUGAGGUGUGUAUAGUGGAUACUGGUGUGAGAGGAACAAUUGCAGUAGGACUCGUCCCUCAGUAUUACAAGCUAGAUCACCAACCAGGAUGGCUUCCACAUUCUGUUGCUUACCAUGCAGAUGAUGGCAAGUUGUUUAAUGGAAAUGGCAUGGGCCAGCAAUUUGGGCCCAAGUGUUUUACAGGUGACCGAAUUGGAUGUGGUGUCCAGGCAGAGUCCUUUGACAGGGGAAUGGCAACUGUGUUUUUCACAAGAAAUGGAAAAGAGGUAGGGUCUGUAGUUAUGGCCAUGUCCCCAGAUGGAUUGUUCCCAGCAGUUGGAAUGCACUCCCUUGGAGAAGAAGUACGCAUUGACCUCCAAGCAGAAUGGGGACUGGAUGACGAUGACAGUGUCAUGAUGGUCGACAGCCAUGAAGAUGAAUGGGGACGUCUACAUGAUGUUAAAGUUUGUGGAACAAUCACCUGGGUUUGGUCCCUGAAGCACGUACAUCAAUCACUUUCCAGAUGUGUUAGACACAGUUGCUUCUUUCUUCCUAUUUGGCAACAGCUCUUAGAAUAUGUCGGCAAAGGGAAAAGCAUAAUGGAUGUAGGUCUGGCACAAGCAAGACAUCCCCUCAGCACCAGAAGUCAUUACUUCGAAGUAGAAAUAGUUGACCCAGGUGAAAAGUGCUACAUUGCCUUAGGAUUGGCACGAAAGGAUUACCCAAAAAAUCGGCACCCUGGCUGGAGUCGAGGAUCGGUGGCCUAUCAUGCAGAUGAUGGCAAACUUUUCCAAGGAAGUGGAGUGGGAGAUCCCUUUGGCCCUCGCUGCUACAAGGGUGAUAUCAUGGGUUGUGGUAUCAUGUUUCCUCGAGAUUAUAUUUUAGACAGUGAUGCCGACAGUGAUGACUGUAUUGACGCUGCAGAAGUCAAAUACAAACAGAGACGAGUGAGGAACAUCAUGUAUUUUAAUGAUGAGGAUGAAGAAGAUGAAGGAGAAGAUAUGGAGCAAGAUUAUGAUGGAAAGAAAGUAACGGUAUUUUUUACUCGAAAUGGAAAGAUAAUUGGCAGGAAAGAAGCACCAGUGCCAUCUGGAGGGUUCUACCCUACUAUCGGAAUGCUUAGCAAUGGUGAAAAGGUUAAAGUCGACCUGCAUCCAUUGAGUGGCUGAGCUGUUCCCCUUUUCCUCACUGAAUGCAGCAAGCAAAUGCAUGCUCUACUUCAUACUGCCAUCUACUGGCCAUAUCCGGUGUAGCCGGUAACUCCAUAGAGGGUGCACAGCAUUGACUGUUCUAUUUGCCCAUUUUAUGUAACUCUGCUAUUCUGUUAGUGUACUUAACAAACGGUUAUAUAGGGAAACUUAUUAAUAUGAUUUAUUUCGACUUCACUUUUGUUCCAUCCUGCUUUAAGACACUAAAAUUCCAUCACAGCUUUCAAAUCUUUUGCAGUUACUAUAUUCUAAAACUAAUUAUUGAUUACCUCAGUAACACACACAAGAUGCUGGAGAAGUUCAGGUCACACAGCAGCUUUGGAGAAUGAUGAAGGCCAGCCUUAAAGCUGUCUGCUUCUUUCUCAACAACAGACCCAACCAGUUCCCCUCCACCACUACCCUCCUCUGUCUAGCGGAACUGGUCCUCACUCUCAAAAAUGUCUUUUUCCUCCCACUUUCUCCAAACUCAUGGUUGUAAAAAUGAGCUUUUACUACGUGGAACAGUCCAUGUUCCAAGCCUUCCCUGGUAAUGUUCCCCAAAUCUUCUGCGCUACAUUGCCGACUGAGUUGUGCUGCUUUAUACAACCAUGCUGUGCUUUUCAAUUUUAUUAAUUUUGCAUCUAACUUCCAUUUUGCACUUAAAUUCACUUGGUCCAUUUCUGACACCUUUCUCCUCUUUCGUGAUAUCUCUGUCUCCAUCUGUGGAGAUGAACUGUCUACCGAUCUUUCAUAAACUUACUGACUCCCAUGACUAUCUUGUCUAUACCUCUUCCCACCCUGUCUCCUGUAAAAAUACCAUUUCCUUUUCUCAGUCCUUUCACCUUCGCUGCAUCUGUUCUCAAGAAGAGGCUUUCCUUUCCAGAACAUCAGAAAUGUCCACCUUCUUCAAAGAACGGGGUUUCCCUUCCUCCACCAUUCAGUUUGUUUGCCCACUGUGCAACGAUGAGAACCACUCCAGUCAUCUGUGAUUUGUAGGGACAGGACUGGUCCAUGGGUGCACAGGUGGAUGGGGGUGCUAAUCCACACUCAAAAAGUUAUUUGGUGUGGAUAAAAGAUGGCAAACAUGCUAAAUUGGGGGUCACUGGCUUGGGCUUUCCUGGCCAGCCUAAGUCUCUCUGCUGCAAUCGCCCUUUCUGCCCCAUGUAUCGCUGCAUCCUUAUGGAGGGAGGAGCGUCACUCAACCCGAUCCUGGGUGAUAUGUUCCCAUGUGUCUAGGUUGAUGCCAAAGGCUUUUAGUGACGUUUUAAGGGUGUCUUUAUAGUGUUUCCUUUGGCCUCUACUGGAAUGUUUUCCUUUUGUAGUUCACCAUAAAGCAGUCUCCUAGACAGCCAAAGGUCUAGCAUUUGAGCUACGUGGCCUGCCCAGUGUAACUGAGACUGCAUCAGGAUGGUGUAGAUACUGAGCAGGCCCACCUUGGUAAGUACCUCAGUGGCACCAUAUGUUAAAACAUGGGCCAUCACCUUUAAUUUUACCAAAGAAAAAAAUGGCUGCAGUCGCUUAGCACUUUAGUACAAAGGUGUUUAUUAGGUGCGUUAAAAAUUGAACUUACAAAAAUGAGUGAAAAUAAUGAAAAAAUACCAAUAUUUACAAAAAGAUAGCUACAAGAAAACACAAUAAUAGCUCCAUACCUAAUCUUGUCCAGUGUGAACUCCUGGCAAGCCCCUAUCUCCCUCUCUCACUCAGUACAUAGCGCAUACCUGAUCAGCAGGACUGGUGAAGAGUCUUGGCCUGAAACAUCGACUGUACUCUUUUCCAUAGAUACUGCCUGUCCUGCUGAGUUUCUCCAGCAUUUUGUGUAUGUUGCUUGGAUUUCCAGCAUCUGCAGAUUUUCUCUUGUGUGUGAUUACAUGCCUGAUAACUUGGCCUUCUUGAGAGGAUUUGUAACCAACCUGCUGACAAUGAUAGAAAAUAAGUCUUAUAAGAAACUACCAAAGAUUCUUUGCUGGCUUUUCUCCCACUUCUACCGAGUUACCCUGAGAGUCCCUUGAAGGGUUAGUCUCUGUUGCUUCAGAAUGAUGGCGCCCCCUUGUGGGCAUGGAGGUACUGCAGGGCAAGUCAGGCCCACAGAGAGUCCAUCCGCAGGCUCAUGCUCUCGACCCAUGUUCUGGUGUCUGGAGGAAGAAACCACAGCAGCUGCUCCAGAACAAUAGCCUCACCAAUCUCCUCUUUGCACUGGUCAAAUUCGUCAGCAGUAAAGACCCCUCAGGUGGUGAUAUGCCUCAGUGGGUGACUCCCCUGGCAGAAAAGUGCAGGAACUGAAGUGUUGGUGAUAGGUUUCUGCUUAUGUCAUAUUUAGCCAGCAUUGCCUCCCUCAGGUCAGGAUAGUUGUUGGAUAUCUCUUCUAUUGCAGUGUAGGCUUCGAGAGUUAUACCUGUCAUUAGUGGCACUACUUGGCAGGCCCACUUCUCUGGCCAUUGCCAUGUCUAGGCUAUCCUUUCAAACCUGAGGAAAUAGUUCCCAAUACUGUCACCAUGUUGAGAAGAACGCAUCUUGGGACCCUUCCGCAGCAGAGCAGGAGGGUUGAAGGACUGGUCAGAUGGGGAGACGGUUGACUUAAGCUGGGCGACAGCGUCAACAGACCUCUGCAGGCUUUAGCAUUCCUUUCUGAAAUCAUCAUCUCUCCUCUGCUGGGCAGAGAAAAAUUCCCUGAACAGAUAUAUUGGGGGGGUUUGGAGGUGAUGCCACUUGACCCUUAUAAUUUUGGCCCUGGGCUGAAGUUCUUCCUCUUCUGAGGUCCCUGCUGUUUCCCAGGCAUUUGCUUCAUUUUUAGACUUGAUUGGGGGUUAAGUUUCCUGACUUGGGACAGCAAUCCCACUCUCCACUGAGUUGAACGCACCCCUUUGUGACUGGCCAUCCCACUGCUGCCACCAUUUUCCAGGGAUUCUGUCUUGUCAAUGUUGAGGGGCUUUCUGACGCAGACUGUGUGGAAAUGGUUCCGUUUCUUGGCACGCCGUUGAAACACUGUCCAUGUUUUGCAGAUGUAAAGCAAAGUGGGAAGUACUGUGGCCCUGUACACCGUCAGCUUCCUAUGUAGAUUUAUGCCUCUUUUGUUCCAGACGUUGGUAUAAAGUCUGCUGAAGGCUGCGCUUUUGUAAUCUUGGUGUUUACUUUAUCAUCAAUGAUGCUGUCUUGGGACUAUGUGCUGCCAAGAUAUGUGAACCUGUUUAAUGGGUUGAGUCCUUGACUGGUGAUUGUGAAGUUUGGCUCAACAUAUGAUUUCCCUGGAAAUGGCUGAUGCAUUAUUCAGUCUUGGUGUUGAGGGUCAGCCCAAGGUUGGUACACACAUCAGAAAACUUGUUGACAUGGCACUGCACUUCAUCUUCUGAACCAGCAUUGAAGGCACAGUCAUCAGCAAAAAGGAAGCCUCUGAGAUUGAACAGUUUCCCAUCAUGGGAAUCUGAUGCUGAAGCUUACAUCGCUGUCUCUGAAGGCAUCAGGCAACAACAGACUGAAUAGCCUCGGCACCAGAUGCAGCCCUGCUUGACCCCAUUUGAGACGAGGAAGGGCUUGAAUGUCUCACCAUUGUCCUGAACUCUAGCUUGCAUGCCAACAUGGAGUUGCUGAACCAUGGUGAUGAAUUUCCUUGGGCAUCUGGCAUGUGCUUUGUAGUGAUCUUCCAUCGACCCCUUCUGCUGAGUGUUGAUGUCAGAUGGACAUAGCAGGAGAACAGGUCAGCGCUUUGGUUCUGGCAUUUCUCAAGCAGCUACCUUGCAGCAAACAUGUCGAUAGUCCCACACUCUUUCCAAAAUCCACACUGGCUCUCUGGUAGGAGACCCUAAUCAAGGUGUGAGGCGAGACAGUUAAGAAGAAGUCUAGUGAAGAUCUCGCCUGUGAUAGACAGCAAGGAUAUUCCACAGUAGUUGUCACAGGACUGUUGGUCUCUCUUAUGCUUAUACAGGUGGGUGAUGGAUGCAACUAUAAAUUCCUCUGGAAUGGUCUCUGCUGCCACAUGAGUUGGAAGAGCAGUUGGAGCUUUUCUUUUGGCAUUGCACCACCUUCCUUGUAGGCCUCAGCUGGUUUAAGAUGGCUCUGGUGAAUCUCAGUGACUUCUGGCUGGUGGCUGAUGAAACAAGGAAAAUAACUAAAUACUUUGUUGAUCUCUCUUUUUCUGGUAAACGAUCGUCAUGAGCAACAGUCUGUAACAUUCCUUUGGACUUAGAGGCAAUUUGAUGUGGCAGAACCAAGACGAGGUGAGGCAGCAGGCCUGUUGCCGAGAGUGAGAAAGGCCUGAGGUUCGAUUGAUUUAAGCACCAGGCCGAAUUGAGGCGGCAGGGUCCAGGCAACAGAACCGACAUUUGGAUGCCAAUUUAAGCACGGGGCCAAAUUGAAAAAAGUCAGGAUAAUGGAGUCCGAGGCGGGGAACAGGCUGGUUCAGCUUGCUGCAAUGCUCUGUGCUGAAAUAAGGGUCCGUGGACCAACUCUCUGUGGACUUCAGUUGAGAACGCCUUUUGCUUGCAUUUAUUGUUUGCAUGAUUUGUUUUUUUCUCUCUGCACAUUGGGUGUUUGAUCUUUUUUAAUGUUUUUUUGGGGGGUUUCUUUAUUUUGUGGUUGCCUGUUGGGAGAAUAAUCUCAAGGUUGUAUAAUGUAUACAUACAUUGAUGAUAAAUGUACUUUGAACUUUGGUAUUGUGUCUGAUCCAAGAGCUUUGCCUUUAGAGAGCUGAUGUAUCGCUGUCUGGGCCUCGGCAAAGGUCAGUAGAACAUCAUUGACAGGUACUUGGGGCAGGCGAAUGAUGGCUUCGUCACUUAUAGUCAGAGGACGAUACAGGACACUGUUAAAGUGCUCUGCUUACCUAUGAAGAAUUUUCUCUUUGUCCAUGGUCAGCAUGUUCCCAUCAGCACUAAAGAGAGGGGAUGAUCCUGAUGAUGUGGGACCACAGAAUUCUUUUAGUGCAACAUAGAAGUUCUUUAAGUCAUGCCUAUCUGCAUAUGCCUGGACCUUAUCAGCGUUAUUACUCAGCCAGGUAUCCUGCAUCUGGCAGUUUGUGUUGUACAGUCCUUCGUAUGUUAUUGAUGGCAUCCUUCGCUGAGAUGGACUUUCAGUCACUGAGGAAAGCUUUGUGGAGACGAUGUUUCUCAUCCAGCAGUUCGAUGUUAACACAGUUUCAAUCAAACUUGGCUUUUAGGUAGUAGGCCCCAAAAUCUGUGUAGUAGUGUUGUAGAUCAGUUCUCAAAGGGUUGACCAAGCAGUUUCCACAUUCUGAUUGUACAGGGGGCUGGAGUUUAAGCAAUCUUCCAGAGUGCCAACAAAAGAAUGCUUUAUGUUGCUGCUUUGCGGUCGCCCUGGGGCUUUCUUUCCUUGUGGUUGUCUCUUGGGCUGGAUAUGAAUGUUCAGUUCAGAAAUGAUGAGACAGUGGUCUGUCUAGUAUUCAGCACUGCACAGAGAUCUUGUCACCCUUACAUCCUGUCUGUCUCUCUUCCUGACGAUGACAUAGUCAAUUAGAUACCAGUGCUUAGAGCGGAGGUGCAACCACAGAGUUUUGGUAUGGGUGGGAAGGUAGAAGUCAGUGUUGGUGAUCAACAAUUCAUGUUCAGCACGUCUGGAGUAGUAGAAGACCAUUGCUGUUGCAGCGGCCAACGUUCUAUUUCCUAUUGACCCCAUCCCAGGAGGUGCCCUUCCUCCUUCCCUUUCUCCCACGGUCCUCUCUCCUCUCACAUAUUCCUCCUUCACCCCUUUCUGUUUUCCACCCAUCACCUCUGCUUCUUACUUCAUUCACCUGUCACCCUCCCCCCAUUUUCAUAUUCUGGCUUCUUCCCCCUUCCCUUCCAACCCUGAUGAAGGGUCUCGGCCUGAAAUGUCAACUGUUCAUUCAUUUCAAUGGAUACUACCUAACUUGCUGAGUUUCUCCAGCAUUUUGUGCGUGUUGUUAUGGAUUUCCAGCAUCUGCUGAAUCUCUUGUGUUAUUAAUGACAACUACACAUCCUUAGCAUUUGCUAAGAAUACUCCCCAUUACUGUUUUCUCUCUGCACAUCCCCAGGGUUAUUAAACAUCAAUAUUAGAUGGCACAUUGUAAAAUAAUCUAUUUCCUUGUUGCUGUCUGCAAGCUGCUUUUGAAGGAAUGUUUUCAAGGAGCCUUCUCAUGGUUGUCAGUACAACUCUUAAACUUCCUGCAACAAGUGAAGUACCAAUUCACUUAGUCUUGGUUUCAAUUCAAUACUCAUCAGAGAGCAUACAGAUGUGAGCUGUCCUAUCCCCACACCAGUGCCUUACUCACACUACCACAAGGCUGGUAUUCCUACCCCCUUAUUAAAAUCAGUGUGUUAGUUGCCAGCUAUCAUGCAGUAAGGAAAGAUAGAAUUAAAAAAAUGAGAGUUUAUAGAAGCGUUUACAACUGGAGAUUUCUCUUCAGCAGUGGGACACAGAAUUGCUUUAUGUUGGAAAGGUUUCUUGGCCCUUUUAAACUAUUGCAAUUCCUGGCCACACAUUAACUGUCGCAUUUACUGUGGCCUUGAGUCUUCUCAGAUUUAGCAAGUUCUAGGAGUUGAAGCACUCACAUAGUAUACUAGCCACUGCCAUUAUGUCUGACUAGUGCUAUCUGUAGAACUGAGAUAAAUACGUUACAUCAUGAAGUAGUGGGGAUGAAGUGGCAGGGUUGAGGUGAGAAGUAACCACUAACUUCAGCAAAGUUGGUGAGCAGUGAUCUGAUUGCGGGGACCUUGGCUGAAUUCUCUACCCCGCUGGCUCAGGACAUUUAAUCAUUCCAUUGCUGUCGGGAUGAAAUCAGCUAACUCAGCGGAGAACAGAGGCUAUUUAAGUUCUGAGGUGUUUUGAGUUUGUGAAUAAAAUUUAUGUGAAGAGGCAAAAUCUUCAUUUAAAGCCGUUUGGUAUUAAAGUGCCUUUCAGAUCUAUUCUAGAUUAGGUUAGUAUACAUUAAAAAAUGCAACAGCAAAAUACUGCAGUAUUCACAAUCUCAUCCCACACACGUGCAAUAGCAGAAUAUUGGAUGGGGAGAUGUGAACUGGGGUUUACUUGCAUUGGGCAUGCCCUUAACAUUCAGGGAUUGCUUAAAGUUUCAUCCAUCUCCCUAGACUUACAGAGUGAUUUCCAAGUACACCACCUGUGACACAAAUAACGGGAUUUCUGUAAAAACAGGCACGGGUGAGUUUUAAUGGCAAAGCUGUAGCUGGCAGGAAGCCCUUGGGCUCUGCUGGUACUGGAGGCAUUUUAAAACUAAUUGACCCAACCCCAUCAACCACUAGAGAAGAUGCAAGAGCGAUUAAAGAAUUCGAGUGAACCCAGCUAAAGACUUCACCAUUUAAUUCACUUUCCAGAUCCCUGCCUUCCCCUGAAUAUCCCGUUUGCUUCCCCCCCAGCCCCUACCAACACCCUGUCUGAGACUCUGGUGAUUUUGUCCCUUCAUAGGCUCCAUUUGUACUCUGGAGCCAUUGACAUUUUGUAAACGUACUCUAUGUUAGAUCCUUCCAGCCAAGCAGCACAGGUGUUUCUUCAUCCAAUGGAGUUGGAUUUAAAGACUCCCCACAUAACCCUACCCUUUAUUAUGGUGGUCCCACAGGGUGAACAGAAGGCAACACUGAGCUGUUCUGCUUUAUUUGCUGUGUAUUAAAUGCAAUGCACUGAGGUAAAGGGACUUUCAAGUGGCAAGUAUUUAAUUUUUUUAUAAUAAAACAAUUGGAGUUUUGAGUGAUUUCUGUAAAAAUAUUGUAUGUCAAACUGAAAUUCCCGGAGGGGGCUAAAAUAGUUCAAAUUUUUUUUUAAUUUAAUUUUUCUCCAACUGAGCUUUGAUAUCAUGAGUGGUUGUAAAUUGCUUAUUGAUUGUGGAUGUGUUAGACAAAAGUCUUGACUCAACAGUCUCCUACCAGCUCUUUUGUACCAAUAAUCAACUGUGUGCACUAUUAUAUCAGAGGAAAUGUACAUAAUUCAGAUGUUUAUAUGCU